CCUCCGCAAAUCGACGGGACAGUGACGCUCCGUCUUGCCAAUUUUCCCCCAAAACAAAGCCCUAACUUUCUCUCUCUAAAAAUUCUCCCCAUUUCUCUCUUAAUCUUCCAUUUUUUCGGAAUUUUCCCUCAAUUUCACUCCUUUUGAUUAUUGUUGGGUACACUGUUCAAGUUAAAACAGUCCUUCUCGGAGUUAUACUACAGCUGAAGUAGACCCAAAUUUUCAGAUUCACUGGUGUCUCUGUUUAUCUUCCCGGAUGGUUUGAGGAGUUUUUGAGGUAGUGGUGCAGUUUAGCCAUGGGGAGCAGUGAUAUUGACAAAUCCUCUAAGGAGGCAAAGGAGUCAAAGGAGGCGAAGACUCCCAAUUCACAGGAGCAGGCUUCAUCUACUGCUACUGGUACAGUAAAUCCAGACUGGCCCGGAUUUCAGGGAUAUUCACCGAUGCCUCCACAUGGGUUCAUGGCUUCAAGUCCUCAAGCACACCCUUACAUGUGGGGAGUUCAGCAUCUUAUGCCACCCUAUGGUACUCCACCACAUCCUUAUGUCGCAAUGUAUCCCCAUGGUGGAAUAUAUGCUCAUCCAUCCAUUCCUCCGGGAUCAUACCCCUUCAGCCCCUUUGCGAUGCCAUCUCCAAACGGCGUUGCUGAAGUUGCAAUCAACACCUCUGGCAAUGCUGAAUUAGAUGGUAAAUCAUCUGAGGUAAAGGAGAAAUUGCCCAUUAAAAGAUCUAAAGGAAGCUUGGGUAGUUUGAAUAUGAUUACAGGCAAGAACAACGAACUUGGUAAAACGUCUGGAGCAUCUGCAAAUGGAGUCUACUCUAAAAGUGCCGAGAGUGGAAGCGAAGGCUCAAGCGAAGGAAGUGAUGCAAAUUCUCAAAAUGAGUCACCAAUGAAGUCAGCAGGCAGGCAAGAUUCAGCUGAAGAAGCAUCUCAAAAUGGCAAUUCUGCUCAUAGUUCUCAGAAUGGAGGAACUAGUGCUCCUCAUUCAUUGGUCAACCAAACUAUGGCAAUCAUGCCAAUGUCAGCUGUGGGUGCUGGCGGUGUUCCUGGCCCCACAACCAACUUGAAUAUUGGUAUGGACUACUGGAAUGCCGCCGCUUCACCGAAUAUUCCUGCAAUCCAUGGGAAGGUACCGUCUGCUUCAGUUGCUGGAGGAAUAGUUAAUGCUGGAUCAAGGGAUAUUGUCCAAUCACAAAUGUGGAUUCAGGAUGAAAGGGAGCUCAAGAGGCAGAGAAGAAAGCAGUCCAACAGGGAAUCUGCACGUAGGUCUAGGCUACGGAAGCAGGCAGAGUGUGAUGAACUAGCACAGCGUGCUGAAGUUCUAAAGGAAGAAAAUACCUCUCUUAGAACAGAACUGAGUCGUCUAAGGAGUGAGCAUGACCAACUUGCUUCUCAGAAUGCUUCUCUUAAGGAGAGACUUGGUGAAGUUCCAGGCCGAGAUGAUCCCAGACCUAGUAGAAAUGACAUACCUCUAAACAAAGAUACCCAGCAUUCAACACAAACUGAACCCAAACAGGGUGGUCAGUGAAGUUCUGGCUAGAUUAUCGUGGAUUGAAAAAUAGGCUUAACCUAACAAACUUAGUAGCAACAGUCUUUAAUUUGCAUAUUUAUGUAGUUUAAAAAUCUAUGAAAUGUGAGGCUUUUUAGUAUCGGGAUUCAUUGUCCAAUAUUUUCCAUUGUUUCUCAGUUUGGACCGAUCUUUUAUGGUCGAGAAACCUGGAUAAUAUGUAGAGUAUGUGACGGGUGGCGCGUGAUAGUUUGUGCCUAAUAGGUGGUGUCUCUGUUUUACUCAAAUUUGUAUGUACUGAUGAAAUAGUUGAUGGCAUUUCUCAUUUUCAACUGGAUAAUAUGUAGAGUA